UGGUUACAAUGUCGUUAUUAAAUGUGUUCAACAAAUGUGAAACUAACGUCCAGUCGGAUGGGAAAGUGGCCAUGAUUACUGGCGGUACAUCAGGACUGGGCCUCGAAGCGGCCAAAUAUUUAGCUAGCCGUGGUACCAAAGUAAUAAUAACAGGUCGAAGAAAAGAUAAAUUGGACAACGCAAUUGAAGUGAUCAGCAAAUUUUCUCGAAACAGCAAUGUAGUCGGCAGGCUGGUGGAUUAUGGUAAUUUAACAUCAGUACGAGAUUUGGCAACAGAAACCAUUGCAAUGGAGCCAAAAUUGGACAUAUUAAUCAACAAUGUUGGAGCUAUAGGCGUAGAAGAUAAAUUAACACCGGACAAUCUUAACGCGAUGAUGCAAGUGAACUAUUUUGGUGCAUUCUUAUUAACUUAUCUUUUAUUUCCUCUUCUAAAAUUAUCAGCUCCCAGUAGAGUAAUCAAUGUAUCAUCUCUAGCUUCAAUAUUAGGACACGUAAAUCCAGAUUAUAUGAACAAUGUGAAUGUAUAUUCAAAUUUUGGACUGUACUCAAACGCGAAAUUAGCUAAUAUCCUUUUUGCUGUAGAAAUGAGCAAAAGAACAGAAGGAAGUGGAGUGAGUGUUUACAGUUUAGACCCAGGUUUGAUAAAAACGGACUUCUUCAGAUACCUAGAUAAUGUAAUAUUAAAAAAGUUCCUGAACUCCCUUUUGCAUAUAUUUGGCCAAACGAUCUCGGAAGCUGCAAAAGCUCCUGUCUAUUUAGCAUUAGAUCCAAACGUAAAAAAUUAUAGUGGUAAAAAUUUUAGAUCUUGUUCUGAAUUCGGUACUGAGUGGUAUGCAAGAGAUCAAGCGUUGAACCGAAAAUUAUGGGAAAAAUCUAAGGAACUUUUAAAAAUAUCUCCCGAUGAAGAAUGGGACGGUCCUAAAGAAACAUAAGCAAUACAAGUAAGCAAUGUAAAUGCAUAAAUUUAUAAUAGUCAUUGCAUCCUAUCAAAUUUCUAAUUUAUUUAUUUAUAUUUGUCAUUUAAUGAAUUAUUUAAUUAUUUAUUUAAUCAACUAAGUGUGCUUUACAAUUUCCCAAUAUACUUACCUAGGAGAGUAUAGGUACUAGAAUAAAUAUUGCAAUAAAGAUAAAAUGCAAACAAUAAAUAAUAAAUGAGCAUGAAGCAAUAUUUUUUACUAGUUUGAUGUAAAUAAAUAAAUAAUUAUAUUAUUUAACUACCUUAAGUUAUUUAUUGUUUAAAAAAUCCAUUCAAUAGUCCUAAUUAUUUUUAAGACAUUUGUUUUUUACAUAAAAGAAGAAAAUGUACAAUAUUGUUUUAUUAUCAGGCUUUUCAAAUUAAAGGCACUUUAUUUCUUUCAAUCUAAAUUAUGUACUCGUAAGGAAGAUCAUAUAUUUCAGAGUUAGUUUACUAACUAGUUUAAACCAGUAUUUUUACAUGACCACUAUUGUGAACAGCCGUAACUACUUAAAAAAUAUCUUCGGUUAUCCCCUAAGAGAUUUUUGAGAUGAAGUGAGAAUUUUUUUAUACUACUGAGGUGGCAAAUAAGCAUACGGCCCACCUGAUGGUAAGUGGUUACUGUAGCCUAUGAACACCUACAAUACCAGGUGUAGAUGCUGCUGUAGGAAUAACAGUAUAUUCUGUCACUAGCUGUUUCCCGCGGCGCUGCCCGCUUGAAUCAGUAUAUAAAAUAUACUAUAAGUUAAAAUAUGAUGUUCUCAUAUAACCUAUCUUCAUAAAAUUUAAGCCAAUUCAACUGAUCGGUUAUUUUAUAGCAUUUUAUAUGUGAUUCUUUAUAUUGAUAUAAUUUUUUUUAUUUAUGAACCGAUUGGAAUUAAACAAACACUAAAUGUUAAGCGGAGCAAACCGCAACGCAUGAGUGAAAACCGCAUUCAAAUCGGUUAAGCCGUUUCUGAGAUUACAGACAAACAGACAAAUUUCUAAAAAUCAUUGUUUUGGGUCCUAUUGCGUUCAUAAAGCCUAAUAUAAAAAAAUAUAGUUUUUUUUUCAUAUCUUCCAUGUACAGAUAGCGACCAGUUACA